AUGGCGGGCGCUUUCAAUCCCGCGGACCUCACCGAGGAGGAGAUGAGUCAGUUACGGAUAUUGCGAAAGCGCAAAAUGGAGCUCAUGAGUGAGAUCGACCACAUCAAGAAUGAGCUCCGAGACGUCGAUGCCGAACUUGAGUCAUUAUACUAUGUAGAUGAAGGGUCGCGAUCACGGCAUAAGCUAAUAUUCACGGGAAAGAAAAAGUUCAAUCAAGAUCCGGUGCGGGGUAUUGAAUAUCUCACUGACCGUGGCUUAUUAAGUCGUCAACCGAGUGCUAUAGCUCAGUGGUUGUUCAAGGGUGAAGGGCUCUCAAAAACGGCCAUCGGUGAACUGCUCGGACUGCACGAGCCGUUCUACCUUGAAGUACUUGAUCAAUUUGUACUGUGUCAUACCUUUCAGAAUAUGUUCAUAGUUGAUGCUCUCAGAGCAUUCCUGUGGUCUUUUCGUCUACCUGGCGAAUCGCAGAAGAUUGAUCGGAUUAUGGAAAAAUUUGCUCAACAGUACGUUGCUACUAAUGAAGGUGAGGUCCUUUUUACACCUAUUGUGAUACUUUCCGUUACAGUUCAAUUUUUCUAUAUUUUGUUGGUUAUCUAUGGGUUAUUCGAAAAGGAUAGUGCACACAACAUCGAUUAA